CAUGAAGCAGCCAGGAAUGAGCUGAAUGAUAGACAGACUGAACUGGACACCUUCACUAACAAAGGAAAGCACCUCACUGCAGAACUGAAAAAGAUACCAAACUGUGAUGCUCGGAUGAUAAAAACUGAGAUGGACAGUACCGUGGACAAAUGGCUAGAUGUUUCAGAAAAAAUUGAAGACAACAUAGAUAAGUUGAGUGUUAGCGUGACUUUGUGGGAAGACAUACUAGCCAUCCGAGAUAAUAUUGAAGGAUGGUGCAAUAACGCCAUCUCUCAGUCCAAUGAUAUAAUAAACAAUUUGGCGAGCUGUCAAGGAACUGAAGUUUUCUUGGAUGAAUUUCAGUCUCAGCUGAAGCACAAAGAAGAAAAGUUGGAGCAAAUGACUUUGAACAUAUAUGAGCUUAAAAAAUUGGUAAAUUCAGAAGAACUUCCUCCAAUUCUUCUGUUUUUAGAUGCUGAUUUAAAGAAGAAGAUAAUGCAUAGCAAAACAAUGUAUGAAACAGCUAAAGAAACUUUGAAAGAUUUUAAUUCUCAGAAGACACAGUUGUAUAACUUUGUUACUCAGAUGGAAAACUGGCUUGUCAAUACAGAAGAAUCAUUAUUAAAUUGCAUUCAUAGUCAGGUUCCAUCAGAUAUUGGGACAGUCAAUAAAAUACAGAAGGAGAUUCGCCAACAGCAGAACAAUUUUGAUUCUACUCAGGAAACGCUUAAUGGCCUUUGCCGCAAAUAUCCAUCUUUGGAGUUGGAAACUCUUGCAGGCACUAUAACGUCCCUGAUAAAGAAGUAUGAAUCUUUGAACCAGCUGAGUUUGAAAACACAGGCUUCUUUACAGGAGUCCCUAGAAAAACAUUUCUUACAAUCUAUGGAGGAAUUUCAAAACUGGUAUUCUAAUCUGAAGAUUGCAAUAAAAGAUAUAAAUAUUGCAACUGGGGACAGUAAAGCUAUUGAAGCAAAACUCCACAAACUACAGUUUUGAGGACCAGUGCAAGAGCUGGAGUUUAUGGCUUCAUGAAAAGGAAGAAAGGAUAAACACAGAAGCUCUAGGAGAACACAAACAACACAUCCCAGAUAAGAAAGACGAGGUACAGAAGGUAGAAGCCUUUUUGGAAGAACUUUUGCUUGCAAGAGAAUCCUUUAAUAAACUCUCUCAAAAGGCACAGUUUUUAAGUGAGAAAGACUACAGUACUGGAAUGGAGGUUCGUCUGGCUUCUCAGCAAUUUUCUGCCUAUCAGAAUUUAAUCAAGGAAGUAAAGGAGAAGCUGCGGCUCUCUCAGAUAGCUCUCCAAGAUCACCAGACUUUGGAAGAAGCUCUGCAGGAUAUGUGGACCUGGGUGAAGGAUGUUCAAGGAAAACUCAGCUGUGCUGAGGGCACCCUUGGGGACAAAGUGACCUUGGAGAAACGACACCUCCAAAUCCAGGAAAUCCUAUUAAUGAAAGGAGAAGGAGAGGUCAAGCUGAACAUGGCCAUUGGCAAAGCUGAACAAGCCCUUAAGACAAGUAAUGAAGAGGGACAGAAGGUGAUUCAGAGCCAGCUGCAAAGAUUAAGAGACCUCUGGGGCAGCAUUGUCAGCACCUCUGUGAGCUGUCAAAGCUUGCUCGAGUUUGUGAUAAAUCAGUGGAAUUGCCACCUGGAGAAGAAAAGUCAGUUGGACCAGUGGUUGGAUUCAAUAGAUCACAAAUUGAAAGAGCCUUUGGAACCUCAGAAUGGACUGAAAGAGAAAUUCUCCCAGCUGGAUUGCUUCCAAGCUAUUGUUUCAGAAGUGGAAGCACGUUCUAAUGAUCUACACCAGCUCAUAGUAAAAGCCAGAGAACUGCACGAGAAAACACAGGACGAUUCUUUUGGAGAAACUGCUCAAGAGGAAUUGAAAACACAAUUCACAAAUAUUGCAACAAUUGCCAAGGAAAAAAUGAAAAUAGCUGAAGAUAUUGUAAAAGACCAUUUGUUAUACCUUGAUGCAGUGCAUGAAUUUUCUGAUUGGCUUCAUUCAGCAAAAGAAGAGCUUCACCGCUGGUCGGACACAUCAGGAGAUUUGUCUGCCAUACAGAAAAAAUUAGCCAAAAUCAAUGAGCUGAUAGAUUCCAGACACACUGGUGAGGGUCGCCUCCACAGGAUCGAAACACUGGCUCCCGCUGUGAAAAAGAACACAAGCGUUCAAGGGGGCAAAGACAUGGACGCUGAAAUGCAGGCUCUCCAGUCCGACUGGAAGCAGUGGGAGGAGAAUGCUUUCCAGUCCCGAAACAGGCUGCAGGAACUGGAGAGUCAGAUGGCCAGGUCAGAGCAGGAGUUUUCAGCCCAGGCUGUUCUUCUGGAAAAGGCCUUGAAACACUUCAGCACUUUGCUUGCAACCUGGUCUGAAGGCCUGACCUCUCUAGACAGUAAGCACACAGACCAAGAGCUGGUUGAAUGCUGGCAUCGAGAAAAGGAAACUCUGGAUGCCCUAACAAAGGCAGAGUCUAUUAAUGAUGAUAUUAAGACUCAGUUAAAUGAUCUUUGCCGGUUUUCCAAUGAUUUGAGUACCUAUUCUGCAAAGAUUUCCCAGUUAUUUAAAGAAUAUAAUAG